AUAAAUUAUACUUGAUUGUUACAAUUAACUCGUUUUCGAGUACAGUUAUUAAUUAUAAAUUCCAAGUGCUAUAAACUUUUUUCUCAGUCUAAUUGACUUACUAACAAUUAACCAUAAUGAAAUUAACUUUUUACUUUGCUCUUUGUUUAACUAUUUUUCUAGUUGUUCCUAAUUUGGUUAAAAGUGACGAUCCAGAUCAAUCUAGUGGUGAAAAUGUUGAACCAAAAGUCGAUGAUCAAGUUAAAACUGAUGACCAAUCAAAAUCUGAUGUGACAGCUGACGAAUCGUCUAAGGAAAAGUCCGAUGACCAAUCAGCUGAUGAUCAAUUAAAGUCAGAAACUAGUGAUGACCAAUCUCAGCCUAAAGUAGACGAUCAAGUUAAUCCAAAUGCCGAUGGUCAAGAUCAACCUAAAAGUGACCAAAGUGAUCAAAACAAAUCAACUUCGGAUGAUUCUAAGCAAUCAACUGAUAACGAUCAGAAAAACUCUGACCCCUCACAGCCACAACCCGAACCUGAAACAUCAAAAUCUGAUGAUCCAUCAGAACCUCAACCAGAACCCGAAGUCAAACCUAACGACUCGUCAGAACCCGAAACUAAAUCAGAAUCAGACCUCGAACCACAAACUGAGCCUAAACCAGAACCUGAAGUAAAACCCGACGGUUCAUCAGAACCCGAGACUAAAUCAGAACCAGAAUCAGAAACAAAGUCCGAUAAUCCAUCAGAGCCUCAACCAGAAUCACAACCCGAAUCUGAAUCAUCAAAACCUAAUGAUCCAUCAGAGCCAGAAACAAAACCAGAAUCAAAAUCCGAUGACCCAUCACAACCUGAACCCGAAACUAAACCCGACGGUUCAUCAGAACCCGAGACUAAAUCAGAACCAGAAUCACAACCAGAACCUGAAGUAAAACCUGAAACUCCAAAACCCGACGAUUCGUCAAAACCCGAAACUAAACCAGAACCAGAAUCAGAACCAAAGUCCGAUAAUCCAUCAGAACCUCAACCCGAAUCUGAAACAUCAAAACCUAAUGAUCCAUCUGAACCUCAACCCGACCCUCAACCAGAACCUGAAGUAAAACCUGAAACUCCAAAACCCGAAGAUCCAUCAGAACCCGAACCCCAAACUGAGUCACAACCCGAACCCGAACCUGAAACAUCAAAACCCGAAGAUCCAUCAGAACCCGAACCCCAAACUGAGUCACAACCCGAACCCGAACCUGAAACAUCAAAACCCGAAGAUCCUUCAGAGCCUAAAACUGAAUCACCCGAAAGUCCAAAAGACGAUAAACCAGAAAAGGAGCCAACUAAUCAACCAAAACUUUCUUUCUGGCAGAAAGUUAAAUUCGCUCUCUCCCCCAAAUCACCACAUUUCUACAUUCUCAUCGGAAUAUUUGGAUUCAUUUUCGUUGCUUUUCUGAUCUUUGGUUUCUCUCGUCUUUUCAUUCAUCCACAACAACGAGAACAAUUCAACACUUCGACUAAUGUUGAACGAGGUCGAGAUAAUUCAAGACUCGAAACAAUUCAACUCGAUUUAUACAAAAAAACUACUGGAGUUAUAAUAGUUAACUAAUUGUAAUCAACUAAAUUUCGAUUGAUUCAUUUUACGUUGAAAAUAACAUGAAUGUUAAUCGAGUUGAAAAUAAACUCAUUUUUAUUUUUUUUUCACCAAGACAAUAA